AUGGGUAUUCGUUUACUAUCUAUGAUUUCCAGUGUCAAGCAAUUCAACAAAUUGCACUCUGUUCUUUCGAGGAAUUAUUCAGACGUUCCAAAAGGUCAUUUAGCAGUUUACUUGGGAGAAACUGAUAAAAAGAAGCGAUACGUGGUUCCAAUUGCAUACUUGAAUCACACUUCGUUCCAAGAAUUGCUUAAGAAAGCAGAAGAAGAGUUCGGGUUUCAACAUCCAAUGGGCGGUCUGACAAUACCCUGCAACGAGGAAACUUUUUUUCAUGUCACUUCUCGAUUGAACAAAGCUUGA